GACAUUUGGCAGAUACAACAAGCACAGCUGGGAACCAGACAUCACGCGUCUUGAAGCCACUGCGUUUGGAAAAGGAAGCAGCACAAAAAGGCCUAGAAAGUGAACUGCAUGUGGAGCACCACAAACUGUACUUGUAAUGUGUCAUUAGGCAGCUUUUGGUUCUACUGAGGAGUUUCUGGAUCUAAUGACUGUGCAUGGAGUCAUCUGUCUGUGAAGGUUUAGAAAAGAGUUGGUCUUAUUCAAGGGAAAGUGAUUUCCUUUUUAGUAAAGCUGUCUUGGCUGCUUUCACAUUGCAUUCAUGAUCAAAACUGGAUUUGCCUUCCUAAGCAGAGCAGUGAUCAGCCAACAGUGCACAUCAGAAAAGAUCAGAUUUAAGGUGUUAAUGAAGAAGGCUGUGCAACAGGUGGUGGCUUGGCCUUGCUGAAGAAUACCACACUGCUGGAGGAAGAUGAUUUUUAAUAAAAGUUCAUCAGAAUACUUCGGGCAUCAUUCUGCAUACCAAAAAUGUAUUCUAACUUACCAAUCUUUUAAAAAGACUUAAAAAUUCUCUUUAAAUAUUACACAAGAGCUCUGUAACAAAGCAUUUGAAAGUGUCUUUAGUUAAAGAAAGCAAACCUCUAAUUAUCCAUUGACCGGAUAACGGGAGCUAGUGACAAUGUCAGCAAAUGGAUACUUCACUGCCACCAAUGCUAAUGGAAGUGUGUUGCUUCACAUUCUCAAGAAACGUGAUGUCAGAAGAAAUUUUUAAGGACAGUUCAUGUGUCUCUAUGCAUCAUCUUCAUUGAUUUUAUAUUCAGUUUAAAAUUUGAGCCAUGUUGCAGUUGGGGAACCAUUAGAAAGGAUCAGCCACAGUCACGUUACUGUAAAACAAAAAUAAAUAUUCUGUGCUCUGAAUAGUAGGCAGUUUUCUACCCUAAUUUAAAAUCAUCUUUUGACACUAACACAACGGAAAAGAGCUCCUGAUGAGAUUUUUACUGCAUGCUUAUGGGUUUGAUACAUUUAUGAAUUCUGCCAUGGAUUAAUUUAAAUAUAUCUGAAGUGUGGUCAGUAUCAACGUGUGCAUGUGGGAAACAGAAUUAAAAACAAUAGGUAUUGAAGGAAAAGGAAGGAUUCUGAAAUAUUUUGUUCUUCGUGAAACUUAUCUCUAAAGGGUCUAAAUGUGAAGACUGAAGGGAAGCUGCACACUUAGUUGGAAACAGGAAGGUUGCUACAGUAGACAUGCAUGCAGCAGAAUGGAAAACGGGUAUGGAAUGCAGAGCUAGAACAAAAAAUACCUGGAGUGAGCCCUUUGUAUUUUCCCAGGGAGAUACAGCUGGUAGUUGCUGAAUGGAGCAGACAUACAAGUCAUGGGAAUGUGGCCCAGACAAAUGGUCUCCUCCCCAGGACUGUGUCGGUUUGGGAGUAGAAUUGACUGCUGCUGGGGCUGGGCCAGGUUGUCCUGGGGGCAAUGCCAACCUUUCUACGUCUUAAGGCAGAGAAUAGCCAGCCUAAGGUGCCAGCCCAAAGCUAUAUGCCAGCCAGGAUGCAAACAUGGUGAAUGUGUUGGGCCAAACAAGUGCAAGUGCUACCCGGGAUACACUGGAAAAACCUGCAACCAAGAUGAGCAGCUCUAUACAAGUCCCCCUGAUCAGAGCAGUGAAGCACUUCUGUUCCACUUUCUGGAUGAUCAUGAAAGAAAUAUAGCAUCAAGGGAUCUAAAUGAGUGUGGACUAAAGCCACGGCCGUGCAAACACCGGUGUAUGAAUACCUACGGCAGCUACAAGUGCUACUGUUUGAAUGGCUACAUGCUUAUGCCAGAUGGAACGUGCUCAAAUGCCCUUUCUUGCUCCAUGGCAAACUGUCAGUAUGGCUGUGAUGUACUGAAAGGUGAAGUCCGCUGCCGCUGCCCUUCUCCGGGUCUCCAGCUAGGGCCCGAUGGCAGGACUUGCAUAGAUAUUGAUGAAUGUGCUACUGGGAGAGUUAUCUGUCCACGAUUUAGGCACUGCGUCAAUACUUUUGGAAGCUACAUUUGCAGGUGUCAUAAAGGCUUUGAUCUAAUGUACAUUGGAGGCAAAUACCAAUGCUAUGAUAUUGAUGAAUGUUCCCUUGGCUACCAUCAGUGUGGCAGUUUUUCACGAUGUUACAAUACACCAGGAUCCUACAAAUGCAAGUGUAAAGAAGGGUACAGAGACAAUGGAACAAACUGCAUACAAAGGCCGGUGACCAGGCCAACAACUCGUCCUACACCUGGGCCAACAACUCAUCCUACACCCAGGCCGACAACUCGAUCUACACCCGGGCCAACAACUCGACCUACACCCGAGCCAACAACUCGUCCUACACCCAGGCCAACAACUCGACUAACGCCAAGGCCAACCACUAGGUACGUGCCGAUGACAACAAGGCCGGUGACAACAAAGCCAGUGACAAGGCCUGCACCGCCAACACCACCGCAACCUACAACAUUAAGACCCACGCUACCACCUCUGAUGACAACUGAAGAGCCUUCACAUGUUCCUGUUGAAACUACAUCUUCCCGAGGAAUUACAGAUGACAACAGAAUCCAGGUAGAUCCUCAGAAACCCCGAGGAGAUGUGUUCAUUCCACGCCAGCCUGGAGUGAGCAAUAACCUGUUUGAAAUACUUGAAAUCGAAAGGGGAAUUACCGCCGAUGAAUUUGAAGCCAACGAUGACCCAGGAGUGCUGGUGCACAGCUGUGAUUUCGACAGCGGACUGUGCGGCUGGAUGAAGGACAAAGACGACGACUUGCACUGGGAACCAGUGAGAGAUGUGUCAGGGGGACAGUAUCUCACCAUCUCUGAGCCCAAAGGCCGAGAAGGAGGAGUUGCACAUCUGAUCCUGCCGCUGGGUCCCGUGGCUCAGGCCGGCGACUUGUGCUUGUCCUUCAGGCACAAGGUGCCCGGGCGGCAUUCCGGUGCCCUCCACGUCUUCGUAAGGAAAAACGGAGCUCACGGACCAGCUGUUUGGGGAAGAAAUGGUGGGCAUGGCUGGAGACAGACACACAUAACUUUACGAGGACUGGGCAUCAAGAGUGUUAUUUUCAAAGGGGAAAAAGGGAAAGGAAGAACUGGGGAUAUUGGACUAGAUGAUGUGAUCUUGAGGAGAGGACGCUGCUCUGAGGAGCAUUAGCAAAGACUGGACCAGCAGAGUCUUCUCUCACCCUUCUCGUGCUAUCCCCACCACGCUCGGAAACAGAACGACAUGAAAAACAAGCUGGAGAGUGACAACUUGCCAGUGGUCUGCCAAGUGCAAACUCACUGCAACUGAAAAACACACCUCCCAGGAUUCAGGAACUCCAAUCCUGCGCUGGCUGUUUCUAUCAACCCUUACCCCGAAAUCAUAUUUUGUGUGUAAUAACUUCAGCCCCUGUUGAGCCCGGUGAGUGCUCACACCAAGAGCACUUGUGGAAAAGGGAGAAUUACAAAUGCUGGCAACAGCAAGCUCCAGCUCAGACAGUUUUAGAGUUAGCUGAUAGUUGUUUUCUUCCCCUAAGUGCUACUCUUCCAUUGAUUAGAUGUGACAGCCAGUGACAUUGAUCCAGCUUCUGAGUCACCUCAGGUUAACAGAAACCUGGACCUGAGCUUUGGCUUCCUGUCAUUGACCUCUGAAGAAGGGUUUGCUUCAUAUUAAAUAGCAUUUAUUUUGGUGUAUUAACUGUAUUAUUAUUACCUGUAUUAACAAAAAGCUUUUCUAUAGAGUAGGCCUUGCAUCCUGUAAUAUUGCUCCUGCUGUGUUCUGUGUAUAUGUGUAUGGUUAGUAACAUAUUUAUGGUUUUAAUAUUUAGAGUUGAGAGGUAAGGGGCAGCUGUGUUUGCUUACUGUACAAGACAGGAGUUCAGCACAUCCUUUGAUCCCGCUGGUCGUGCCAGUAGAUGCGCUACCAAAGUACGUUAAUGGUGCUCACUGAAAAACGCUGGUGCAGUUUUUCAUGUUGUAAUAUGCUGAAGGCAAAAGACCAACCCCUUACCUGCUGUAAACCGGCAUCUGCUAACGCUGUACGGGUUUGUAUGGAGCUCGGGAAGUUCUCGGUCCUGCCAGAAGCUCCUGGUUCAGCUGAGGACGGAGCAGCCUGGAGAAGACAACUUGACUCCUGGUGGCACCUCCAGGAACGGUCCCUCCCCGCCAUCGGUACAAACCUGCGCCUGAGCAAACGGGGCAGCUGGGUCAGUGCUGUACGGACAGUCCCCACCGUGAAACGCCUUGAGCGCUCUUUGUCACAUGUCCCUAUUCCGGCCAACCCUCCUGUAUAUAAUAAACAUUUCAUUCUUUAGAACAACUCUUAGCUCUAGCUGGAACUAAGUAUUUAUCAGAACUUUGGACUGAUUCUUUAGUUACGUAUCUAAUGCAUGUGGUGUGCAGUUUCCCAGGGAAUUCUUCUGUUUGGUUUGUGAUUUUUUAAACAAGAAACAUUAUCAAUCAUCACUGCUGCUAACAGUUCUAAAUUGGACAAAUUGUAAAAUUCAGUAAAAUGACAAGAGACUGAUAAAAUGUUGUUAGUGCUACAACCUUAAAGCUUCAAAAAUGUAUAUAUAGAAGAAAUAAGUCUCAGAUCUUUUAAAUACUUAAUGUAACAUAAACAUCGGAUUCAUAUCAUGUUAUACAGCCAUCAUUAAAAACCAAUCAUGUUAAGCCUUGCUUGAAGUCCACAGAAAUACGAUUGCAAGCCCAUUAGAAGUCACCUUCCAAACCCCCAUUUCUGACAAAAUUCUAUUUUGAAAAUACUCUUCCAAUUUGGCCCCCAGGACAAAGCACAGUCUGUGUAGCAAAGUUACUGUUUGACCAAACAGACCGUCUCCUGCAAAACUGUAUUAAACAUUUUGAAAAGGAAAAAACAAUGCGUUUGUAAACAUUUUUAAACUAUUUUACUUCAAAUAUGAUCGUGAUCUUUUUCUCUUACGUUACUUUGUAAUGUGUCAGAAAUAUUUGUGAAUAAUUGAAAUACCUUGUCCUUAUUUUAAAGUAACCAGUAAAGGAGGCUGUUACUUGCUACUAA